CAUACCGCAACCUACAGACGAGUCGGUGUUUCCUCAGCCUCACUGGCACUGAUAUACACCGGAAUAGAUCAUAUCCAUCCUUCCACAACUUUGACACGACUCACGCGAGUCAUCAUUAAUGAGUCAAGAUCACUUUUCAGGAUCGUUUGAAGGAACUUGGGAGAAGCUGUCCCAGGUCGCCGUCAAGGGUGCUGAAUAUGACUCGCGCGAACGUCGGCCCCACCCAAAAUGUUUACAAGGGACCCGAGUGGACCUUCUCAACUACAUCCGCAGAUUACUAGAUGACCAAGAGAAGAGUCGACUCAUUUGGCUGCAUGGCACAGCAGGCGUCGGAAAGUCCGCUGUUGCUUUCACUGUGGCCGAAACGAUGAGAGAUUUAAAAGUGACAGAGGAAACGCAUGUCGAAAAGCGGCUCGCGGGAACAUUCUUUUUUUCACGAAAACACACGAAACGCUGCACCACUGGCUAUUUCUUUGUGACACUUGUCUACCAGCUUGCCAGCAAUUUCGCCAGCGUCCGGAAUGAUGUCAACAGAACUAUCAGGGACAAUCCUGCUCUUCUAGACCCUGACAAAUCUCUUCGCGACCAGUUGGAGGCAUUAUUCAUCCAACCUCUCCGAAGGCUUCAAUUGAGACUGCGUGGGUGUCCGCCUUUGGCAUUUGUUGUCGACGCUCUUGAUGAAUGCACGUCUGAAACCGAGCUUGCUGAUCUCAUUCUUUACCUUGCACGGGCUCUUCGUGAACCUCAUCUCCCUGUUGUCCACAUUCUGCUUACGAGUCGUUCGGAAUCGCAUAUUUGUAAAGCCUUUCAGAAUGCCGAGGUGUACCCGCUGGUGUGCGAGAUACCUGUGAAAACUUCUGGGGAGGGCGUCGCUGCCACUAUCUCGUUAGAUGGUGCAGAUGUUGACAAGGACAUCUAUAUUUUCUUGCAUCAUUCCUUCACGGAGCUACAAAGUCGCCAUCCUGAUUUCCCCCAGCCAUCAAGGGAUGAGCUUGAGCGGCUGGCCAGCCGAGCGGGCAGACGUUUCAUUGUGGCGUCUACGAUGAUGAAGUUUAUUGAUGAUGGAGACAGUGAUCCCCGCGAUCGGCUUCAAGUCAUGCUGGAUCUGGCGAGUGAAUUGCUACCAGGAACGGAGGUGUACGAGUUGUAUGACCGUAUCCUGUCCACAUGCGCCGACCCUAAGCGGGCAUACCAACACUUGUCCAUCGUCGCUGCCCUCGCAGAUCCUCUACCAAUUUCACAACUCUCAAAACUUCUUGGCCCUGGCCUAGGCAGGGACGUCGAGACAGCACUGGUGCAACUACGCUCCAUCAUGGAUAUCCCUACAGACGGCAGUCUCCCCGUGAAUAUCUAUCACUCGUCCGUUCGUGACUAUGUUUCCGACCCCUCCAACUGUAACCUUUCUCAAGUACACAACAUCCUCUCACCCCACUCCAUACUCGCUUACUCCUCUUUCCGCUUGAUGAUGAAAGAGAUUCCAGAACGCUCAGCCCUCUUGGAUAUGCUCUCAGACUUAAAGAAGCACAGCCGAACUAUGAAGUCUCAAGAUCCCCAAAGAUUAAAAGAAUCUUUAUCCUUCCUCGUCCAGCCGCCAGAACCACUGUCAGUUCUCGUUGCUCUGCUAUGGUUUCGAGGGGACCGUAGUCCAGAUUUAGAAUUCUGGCUAGGGACACAGGAUGGGCGUGCCUGGCUGCAAACUCCGAGAGGGACAACUUGGCUGUGUGCCAUGGGUGGGGAGAACUGGCUACAGACACAGGAGGGGCAGGACUGGCUGCAGACUCAAGGGGGAAAGGACUGGCUGCAGAUCUGGGCUGGGAUACGCUGGUUGUGGUCCUUAGGUGGAAGCAUUUGGCUGCUGACCAAGGGUGGGAACGAUUGGUUGCGAACUCAGCAGGGCAAGGCUUCGCUGCAAAGUCAGUUGGGGAAGGAAUGGUUGAAAACCGUGUUGGGAACAGCUUGGCUAGAGAGUCAGGGCGGGAAAGACUGGCUGAAAAGUCAGGAAAGGGGAAACGAGGUGCGGAAAGGUGACCGUCCGUCGCAUAUAGGAGUAGACUGGGUGUUCCAUCAUGGUGACAGCUUGCCGGAGAUCGGAGGCAAGGUGCAGAUUACGGGCAUGCACAAAAUUUAUGCGCCGACUCAGCAGUUAAUCUCGAAGUGGAACCCGCAAAAUGACACGAAGCGGAUGGAUUGGCUGAAGACCCAUGGUGGACUGGCCUGGUUGCUAACCCAAGAGGGGGAAAUCUGGUUGCAGAGUUUCAGCGGUCGAAAGUGGCUGCGCAUUCAAGGUGGGAAGGACUGGUUGGGAACGAUCGGAGGAAACUCGUGGCUACGGACGCAAGGCGGGAGAUGUUGGCUGCAGACGUUAGGUGGGAGGGGCUGGCUGAAAACCCCUGGUGCCCAAAACUGGUUGGAGACCCAAGACGGGCAAGACUGGUUGGAGACCAAGCACGGGUGGGACUGGCUGGAGACCAAGCAUGGCCGAAACUGGCUGCAAUGUUGUAUGCGUGCCUCGGAUGGACGAGGCUGGCUACAGACUAAGGGCGGAAGAAACUGGUUGCAGACCCAGGGCGGGCGAGACUGGUUGGAGACUCCUGAUGGUGAAACCUGGCAGGCGACUCCUGCGGCCUCUGUCUGGGUGACAAUGGAAGAAUUCUCGAACACAUUGAAAACAAUCAGCGAGCAUAAAUUUGUUCCAGAAUCUUCACCACUGCUAGCUUUCCAAGCAAUCCAGCAGUUCAGAACCUUGCCGGAUGUCUUGAUAUUUCCGGUGUUCCUCUCGUUAAGACAUCAGAAUCAUUCCAACUCUGCAUUACCAGAAUCUCGUUUUUCACCAGACAGAAAGAUCAUUCAUGCUAUGAAUGCCUUUAUGACUUUCGCAAACGAAGCACAGGAACGAAGUCAAUCAGUUUCGGAAGCUCUCAAAUAUGCAUGUCAAAACUGGGCCCUUCAUCUCUCCCGCGCUCCGAAUCCAUUGGAUGAAAAGAUCAGCCAUAUAUACAAGGCUUUCUGGAAUCGUCAUCUCCUCUCCUGGCUCGAAAGGCAGUGGUGUUUGAAGGGUCUACAGUCUUGCCUCAUUGUUUUAUCUACUGUGCAGACACUCGCAAAGCCGAAUAAAACACUGCCUGUCAUAGUUCCUGACUCCGGAACGUCGACAAAGGAAACUUCACCACUUGCUGCUACCACCUCCAACACGUGGAUACGGCCGUCCCCUUCCAUUCUUCCUCUUGUCCCACCCUUAUCACCAACCUACAACGCCACCGUUUCAGAUGCUGGCAUAUCUGCAAAACGGGUGUUAGAUGAGCCUCGAAUUAACAGCGAUAAUCCAAAUGGAUCCGCCCCAUUAAAACGCCCGAAACGAGACUAGCAGGACUUACAGUUGGGAUCCACUGAAAUAAAUUUCCUUUUAUUUUACAUAGGUUGUUCGAUGGAAGCCCGGGAGAGAGGACGACAGUGGGGAUUCAUCGAUAUUCAUCAGUACUAGUAUACUACUAUAAUACUACCGAUACAGAAUGCACAGCCACAAAUU